CAAACCAAAGCAGGAGCUUCUCAUCGCGCCCGGGCGAAGGAAGAAGGGAUGCUUUGCUGUUCCUGUACCUCCUGCUUUCGUCCCUGUUAAAGGUCCGUCCGUCCGUCCGUCCGUGGGAAAGCAGGCAGGCAGGCAGAUCUGGGCAAAGCAGAAGUUUGCUGCAAGGGGAUGCACUUUCUGUUGGAUGCUGUCGCCGCACUGAAUGCGUAAGGACGGGGAAAGCCAUGUCCCAGAUGCUGCACAUCGAGAUCCCCAAUUUUGGGAACACCGUCCUGGGCUCCCUGAAUGAGCAGAGGCUUCUGGGCCUCUACUGCGAUGUCUCCAUCGUGGUCAAGGGCCAGGCCUUCAAGGCCCACCGGGCGGUGCUGGCCGCCAGCAGUUUGUACUUCCGGGACUUGUUUAGCGGGAACAGCAAAAGCGCCUUCGAGCUGCCCAGCUCGGUGCCGGCUACUUGCUUCCAGCAGAUCCUCUCCUUUUGCUACACGGGCAAGCUGACCAUGGCGGCCAGCGAGCAGCUGGUGGUGAUGUAUACCGCGGGCUUCCUGCAGAUCCAGCACAUCGUGGAGAAAGGGACCGACCUCAUGUUCAAAGUCAGCUCGCCCCACUGUGACUCUCAGACGGCCAUGAUCGAAGAAGCCGGCUCGGAGCCCCAGAGCCCUUGCAACCCCGUGCAGAUGGCGCCCAUGCCUUACGUCAUGUCCCCCUCGCUGCCCAUCCCGCUCCUCACCCGGGUCAAGCACGAGAACCUGGAGCAGCAGGCGCCGCUGCCGGCCAAGCGGGCCUUGGAGGGGGGCCUGCGAGAGGUGUCGGCGGGGGGCUCCGCGGGCACCACGGCGGUGAAGCUGUCCCGCGUCUCCUACUACGGGGUGCCCAGCCUCGCCCCGCUCAUCUCCAGCAUCCCGCAGGCUCCGUAUGUCCAGGGGGAGCGGACAAGCCCCGGGGCCAGCAGCAUCCCAACCACAGACAGCCCCACGUCCUACCACAACGAAGAGGAUGAGGAAGACGAUGAAGCCUACGACACCAUGACUGAAGAGCAAUAUGGGCAGAUGUACAUCAAGUCUACAGGCAGCUACGCAGGGCCUCCAGAGAAGCCAGAGCAAAUUCCCGUGGAGAGCCGCUCCUGUGUCCUCAUCCGGCGCGAUUUGGUAGCGCUUCCGGCAAGUCUGAUUAGCCAGAUCGGUUACCGCUGCCACCCGAAACUCUACUCGGAAGGCGAUCCUGGAGAAAAACUUGAAUUGGUUGCAGGUUCUGGGGUUUACAUCACCCGAGGACAGCUCAUGAAUUGUCACCUCUGUGCAGGUGUGAAACACAAAGUCCUCCUUCGACGCCUCCUGGCCACGUUCUUCGACAGGAACACGUUGGCCAACAGCUGUGGAACAGGAAUUCGUUCUUCCACCAGUGACCCCAGCCGGAAACCCCUCGAGAGCCGGGUGCUCAAUGCUGUGAAAUUGUAUUGUCAGAAUUUUGCCCCCAGUUUCAAGGAGAGCGAGAUGAAUGUCAUCGCGGCCGACAUGUGCACGAACGCCCGCCGAGUGCGCAAGCGAUGGCUUCCCAAGAUCAAGUCCAUGCUGCCCGAGGGGAUGGAGAUGUACCGCUCCGUCAUGGGCUCCACCACCGCCAACGUCCUCCUGGACCCCGAAUUCCAGCCUUCCAGCGCCCAGAUGUUCGAGCAACGGAUCUAUGCAGAAAGGAGGGGGGAUUCUGGGACGAUUGUGGCCCUCAGAACUAACACAGUGACGGUCGACCAGAGCAACGGGACGGGCCCCUUGUUUGAGCCGAGCGAGGAGGGUGAAGGGGCCAGUUCUGUCAUCCAGGAGUCAGCCGGCCCAGAAGCCCUGGCUUCCGAUACCCAAAGCACCUCACAGCCCUUCGAAGAAGGAUCGGGGUCCCCCAGCCGGCCGGAAACCCCUGCGGGGCGGCCGGAGGCGACUUACGGGGCCCCCUUAUGAACCAGACCGCCGAGGGUGGGCCGUCACUCUCUGGAAGGAUCUGUAAUCCUAAAGCUGCUUGCAUGUUCUUAUUAAUUACAGAAGAAAACAAACAAACAAAACACCCCCAUACGAUCAAACCAUUUACCUACUGAACUGCUACCGUUGCCUGAGAAAAAAUUUGAUUUUUGAGUCUGCUCGUGUUUAGGACCGAUGGAGGCGCCACCCGGCGGGAAGAGGCCCCCUUUUUUCCCCCAGAUUGGUACAGAAAGGAGUAGCAGGGGCUCCUUCUCUCCCACUCUCCCCCCCCUAAAAAAAAAUAAGGAAGGAGGGAGGCUAUAUUCACCCCCACCGCCGUCUGUUCACCAGCCACCUGGGCUCGCGAGAACUUAGUUGUGAUCAUGAUCCUGGUUUGAUUCAAUUCAAGUUUGGUGUAGGUUGCUUGCCUCGGAUCUCCGGGUUGAACCCUUACAUUGUUGAGCAACAUUGGAGGAAACAGCCCCCGCCAACCCCUACUGUAGUAAACGGGGAGCUACGUCCCCCCCACAACUAUGGGCAUAUCUUUCCUUUCCGUCAUUCUUCUCCUCCAACUUUGGUCGUCCGGCUUUCCCCUCCUCCCACACGCGUUUUCUCCUUCCCUGGUUCCUGGAGGGCCUGGAGGAAACCAACCUGGGUCUGGUGGUCUCCUGGCAUGCUCGCCAAGGAAAUCGCCGGCUCCUUUCCGUUUGCGAGGAAAGCAUUCUGGGCCUUCUUGAGUUUUAAGGUAGCUUGAGAUAAUCUAGGUUUUCUAUCUGGUGUGGUCACUUUUAAGCACGGCGGACUUCAACUCCCAGGAUUCCCCCAGCCAGCAUGGAAUUCUGGGAGUCGGAAAUCCCAUCCGGUGGAUCCAAAAGAAAUUUGAAACGAUGCCUCUGGCCGGUCCUGCUUAGUUGCUCAGGGCAAAAAUGGGAGAUUUUGGGAGGCGAGGGUGAUGUAUGGAUGGGAACCAUAGGCUUCUUGGCUCUUUCUCCUGGGAAUGGGGGAGCUGCUUAUAGCGGAAUGCAUGUCGUUUGGCCAACGAGGUCACUGUAGCUCGCAUGGAAUUCUCCCCCACAGUUGUAUUUGAAUCGAGAAAGGAAGAAUUGCUCGCUUUACGUCGGUGAUUAUGUGCCCUAGGCGAAUAGCCGGCUUCGGAUUUCCCCCACCCCACCCCCUCCUGCCCCCAAUCCAUUUGGUCAUUUUUCCAAACUACGACGGAAAGUCCUAAUCCUGUCGUGGGUGACUGAGCUUUGCUUUGAUCAAGGUUUGAGCUUGUGAUGGCAGCCCAGCCUCCCAACGACGGCUGCUUUGCUUGGCAUCUGGCCUCAGGGAGAUGGAAAAGGAGCCUGUCUCCUCUUGAGCAUGUCAAGGGAUUUUCCAUUUAUUUUCCUGGCAGCAAUAAGAAACUAGAAAUUAAUGCAAUUUUU